GUGAAACACAAACACCCCAAGUGUGAAAAAGGAAGGGAAAGAGAAGGAUCUAAAGAAGCAAUAUUUCUUUCAUAAAAAAAGCGCUUGAAUAAUAAAGAAAGAAAGAAAAAGGCAGAGUUUUUUUAUGAUAAAGGGAGAGAUCUCACAGGCAAAACCAUAGAAUCUAGAGAGAGAAAACAAAACACGGAACAAGAAGAACCUGAGAGAAAGAGAGGGUUUGCCGGGGAUAAAGAAGGAUGACAGCUGGUGGAUCCUCAGGGAGGUUACCAACAUGGAAGGAAAGAGAGAAUAACAAGAGAAGAGAAAGAAGGAGAAGAGCUAUAGCUGCUAAGAUAUAUACAGGUCUUAGAACUCAAGGGAAUUUUAAGUUACCAAAACACUGUGAUAAUAAUGAAGUCUUGAAAGCUCUUUGUGCUGAAGCUGGUUGGAUUGUUGAAGAAGAUGGUACCACUUAUCGCAAGGGCUGCAAGCCGCCUCCAACUGAGAUUGCAGGCACUCCAACAAAUAUCAGUGCAUGUUCCUCAAUUCAACCAAGUCCACAAUCCUCCAAUUUUCCAAGCCCUGUAGCUUCCUACCAUGCUAGUCCAACAUCCUCCUCAUUCCCAAGCCCCUCUCGUUUCGAUGGAAACCCCUCCACUUACCUCCUCCCAUUCCUCCGAAACAUAGCUUCCAUCCCCACAAACCUCCCUCCUCUUAGAAUAUCCAAUAGUGCUCCUGUAACCCCACCACUUUCUUCCCCUACAUCUAGAGGUUCGAAACGGAAAGCCGACUGGGAAUCCCUCUCAAAUGGUACCCUUAACUCGCUUCACCAUCCCCUUCUGGCAGCUUCUGCCCCAUCAAGUCCUACGCGGCGCCACCAUCUAACGCCUGCCACAAUACCAGAAUGUGAUGAGUCUGAUGCUUCCACUGUCGACUCUGGCCGCUGGGUGAGUUUUCUGGCAGUGGCACCCCAUGUAGCUCCUCCCUCGCCAACUUUUAAUCUUGUUAAACCAGUGGCACAACAGAGUGGUUUUCAGGAUGGAGUUGAUAGGCAUGGUGGUUUAAGCUGGGGGGCAGCAGCAGAGAGGGGGAGAGGUGCGGAGUUUGAGUUUGAGAAUUGUAGGGUGAAGCCAUGGGAGGGCGAGAGGAUUCAUGAGAUUGGGGUAGAUGAUCUUGAGCUCACACUUGGAGGUGGAAAAGCCCGUGGUUAAGCCUCCAAAUGAUAAUCUAGCUUGGGAAUGUAGCUACAAGAAGUAGCCUGAGUUCACUGUCCAUUCUUAAUGGUGUAAUUGGUUUUACCAAUUGCAUGCAUCACUUGGGGCUUACCCGAGGCGACUACUUGCUUGGGAAGACAACAAGAUCACUUUUGAUGCUUCCUAUCCUUGAUUUUAGUUGUACAGUUUUCUUUUUAUUGAAGCCUUGCAAGAAUCGGAAUUUAUAGGAUUCGGUUGCUGAUUAGCAAAAAAUUCAUGUAAGGCCUCAUGGAAAGGGGCUAAAAGUCCCCAAAUUUUCGUAUGGGGAAAAGACUGGAGCGAAUGAUGUGGAAGGUUAAACUCUUCCUUCCCUUGUUUAAGUCUGGAGCAUCUGCUUCAAUUCUUCAUUGACUGUAGGUUCCUAUUUAAGCUUUAAUUGGGAUGGAUGGUCUUGCGAGCUUCAAAUGUAGAGAUCGUUUUCUUUUUGUUCUUCGGGAUUGAGUAUUUUCGUUUCUUUUGUAGACAUUUUAAAGAAACACAAACAGCAAUUUGAAUGUUGCUAGUUAUUAUC